AUGGAAAAAUAUAAACGAACAGUUGUGUCUAAAUCAACAGAUUAUUUUAAACUAUUAAUUAUACUAUCAAUGGUUUUACGUCUUUUAUUUUUUGCAUAUGGGAUAUAUCAAGACAGCCAUUUUAAAGUGAAAUACACAGAUAUUGAUUACCAUGUAUUUAACGAUGCUUCAAAAUAUAUUUUCAUGAAAAAUGGAUCUCCGUUCGAUAGGGAUACUUACAGGUACACGCCACUCUUAGCUUGGAUCGUUUUACUUAACCAUUGGUUCAAUUGGUUUCAUGUUGCAAAGAUCCUCUUCAUUGCAUUUGAUAUCAUAACUGGAGUGAUAUUGAUCAAAUUGUUGAAAUCUACUUUAUCGGAUUCCAAAACUAAUCAGAAUUUUUCCAUUAAUAAAAUAUAUUUUUAUGUCUCUUCAAUUUGGUUAAUGAAUCCAUUUGUUAUCACUAUCAGUACUAGAGGAAACUGCGAAACUUUAUUAUGUUUCUUAAUAAUAUCAACUUUUUAUCUCAUGCAUAAGGGACAUAUCAUUUUGUCUGGUAUAUUAUAUGGAUUAAGUAUACAUUUCAAGAUCUAUCCCAUAAUAUAUUGUGGCCCAAUAUCUUUCUAUUUGUUAGUAUCGUCAUCACAUAGUAGAAGUAUAGAAACUAACAAGAAUAAGAAUAAUAUUAAUAUUAAUACUGAAGCCAUUUUAAAUUUUGUUAAUUUUGGUAUGAUUUCAUUAUUUACAUUGACUUUAACUACAUGUGGAAUGUACUACUUAUACGGAGAUUCGUAUCUACAGGAAGCUUGGCUGUAUCACAUUAUAAGAAUCGAUCAUAGACACAAUUUUUCAGUUUGGAACGUUUUGCUAUAUUAUACAUCAACAAUGGAUUCAACAAGGUUUUCCUUAGCUACAUUUGCAUUCUUACCACAAUUUUUCAUCACCAUAAUAAUAUGCGGGGUAUGGCUACCUUAUCACAUCCUUUAUCAAAAAGUUGAAGAUAGAAAUAAAUAUAAAAGUAAUGAUGUUAUCACUAAAUCUGAUCAAUUCCUAAAUCUUUUAAAGAUUAUAUUCAUACAAACUUUUUCAUUUGUAACGUUUAAUAAAGUCUGCACAUCACAAUAUUUUAUCUGGUAUAUUAUUUUCUUACCAUUUGUAAUAGUUGACAACAAAAAAAUGGACUGGAAAUGGGAUGGCAUCCCAAUGAUUAUAUUGUGGGUCAGCACGCAAGCAGUCUGGUUACAACAAGGUUAUAAUUUGGAAUUUUUAGGGUUAAAUGUCUUUUAUCCAAAUCUAUUAUUUGCAUCCAUUGGAUUUUUCUUGACUAAUGUAUAUAUUAUUGGACAAUUUAUUCAAGAUCUAAUGGUAUAG